UAAGACCCGAGUCGGUGUACACCGUUACUCUCAGCAUUUUGAGGUCUUCGCCUGCACCUAAGGCCCUCCCUGCCAGGCGCAUCAUGGCCCUUGAGAGUGCACAGUGCGGCGAGGAGGCGGCAUCGUCAGCGGCGCCGCGUGCUCCACGAGGAAAGCGUGGAGGGCAGCAGGCGCUCCACUGUGCAGUCUGCGAGAAGGAGUUCCGAUUCAACAGUGGCCUCCAGGCGCACUUGCGAAUCCACACCGGGGAGAAGCCUUUCGAGUGCACGUUCUGCGAGGAGAAGUUUGCUCAAAAGAGUCACCUUACAACGCACCUUCGCACCCACACCAAGGUGAAGCCGUUUGAGUGCGUAGUUUGCCAGAAGAAGUUCUCUCAAAGUGGGAAUCUAAAAUUGCACCUUCAGACCCACUCCGAGGAGAAGCCCUUCGAGUGCGCAGUUUGUCUGAAGAAGUUUUCAGUGAGUGCGAAUCUGAGAACGCACCUGCGGAUCCACACAAAGGACAAGCCAUUCGAAUGCACAGUUUGCAAGAAGAGUUUCAGGACAAGUAGAGAUCUUAGAACGCACCAACGGACCCACAUCGGGGAGAAGCCUUACGAGUGCCCAGUAUGCAAGAAAAAAAUCACUGCAAGUUCGAGUUUGAGAGAGCACCUUCGCAUCCACACUGGGGAGAACCCUUUCGAGUGCACAGUUUGCAAGAAGGGUUUCAGGAAAAGUGGAGAUCUUAGAACGCACCUACGGACCCACACCGGGGAGAAGCCUUUCGAGUGCGCAGUUUGCAAGAAGAGUUUCAGGAAAAGUGGAGAUCUUAGAACGCACCUUCGGAUCCACACCGGGGAGAAGCCUUUCGAGUGCACAGUUUGCAAGAAGAGUUUCAGGACAAGUGGAGAUCUUAGAAGGCACCUACGGACCCACACCGAGGAGAAGCCUUACGAGUGCACAGUUUGCAAGAACAAAUUCACUGCAAGUUCGAGUUUGAGAGAGCACCUUCGCAUCCACACUGGGGAGAAGCCUUUCGAGUGCACAGUUUGCAAGAAGAGUUUCAGGAAAAGUGGAAAUCUUAGAUCGCACCUACGGACCCAUACCGGGGAGAACCCUUUCGAGUGCACCGUUUGUAAGAAGAGUUUCAGUGAAUCCGGAAACCUCAGAAGGCAUCUCAGAACCCACAUUAGAGUUCGUGGCACACUUCGGGCCGUGAAACGCAGCCGCAGUGUUCCCAGCGGUCCCUCGUCGGCUUGCCCAAGGCGGACUUCCCGAAGAGUUCGUGGCGCACUUCGGGCCGUGGAACGCAACCGCAGUUUUCCCAGCGGUCCCUCGUCGUCGGCUUGCCCAAGGCGGACUUCCCGAAGAAUAGGACCCGAGUCGGUGUGCACCGUUACUCUCAGCAUUUUGAGGUCUUCGCCUGCACCUAAGGCCCUCCCUGCCAGGCACAUCAUGGCCCUUGAGAGUGCACUGUGCGGCGAGGUGGCGGCAGCGUCAGCGGCGCCGCGUGCUCCACGGGGAAAGCGUGGAGGGCAGCAGGCGCUCCACUGUGCAGUCUGCGAGAAGGAGUUCCGAUUCAAGAGUGGCCUCCAGGCGCACUUGCGGAUCCACACCGGGGAGAAGCCUUUCGAGUGCACGUUCUGCGAGGAGAAGUUUGCUCAAAAGAGUCACCUAACAAGGCACCUUCGCACCCACACCAAGGUGAAGCCGUUUGAGUGCGUAGUUUGCCAGAAGAAGUUCUCUCAAAGUGGGAGUCUAAAAUUGCACCUUCGGACCCACACCGGGGAGAAGCCUUUCGAGUGCGCAGUUUGCAAGAAGAGUUUCAGGAAAAGUGGAGAUCUUAGAACGCACCUACGGACCCACACCGGGGAGAAACCUUUCGAGUGCGCAGUUUGCAAGAACAAAUUCACUGCAAGUUCGAGUUUGAGAGAGCACCUUCGCAUCCACACUGGGGAGAAGCCUUUCGAGUGCACCGUUUGCAAGAAGAGUUUCAGGAAAAGUGGAGAUCUUAGAACGCACCUACGGACCCACACCGGGGAGAAACCUUUCGAGUGCGCAGUUUGCAAGAACAAAUUCACUGCAAGUUCGAGUUUGAGAGAGCACCUUCGCAUCCACACUGGGGAGAAGCCUUUCGAGUGCACCGUUUGCAAGAAGAGUUUCAGGACAAGUGGAGAUCUUAGAACGCACCUACGCACCCACACCGGGGAGAAACCUUUCGAGUGCACAGUUUGCAAGAAGAGUUUCAGGACAAGUGGAGAUCUGAGAACGCACCUACGGACCCACACCGGGAAGAAGCCUUUCGAGUGCACCGUUUGUAAGAAGAGUUUCAGUGCAUCCGGAAACCUCAGAAAGCAUCUCAGAACCCUCACUAGGUAGAAGCCUUUCGAGUUCUCAGUAAGCAAGAAAACGUGCAGCACGAGCAGCAACCAAAAACAGCACACCCGGACAAACCAAGGAGGAACUAUCUGUAUUAGGUCAAGUGCGGUGUUUUGGUUUUUGCUUUGUUCAGUACUAGUGCAUAUCCCGUCUUAGGACGCUUUCUGAAUUCGUGCCUAUCCAAGGGCUCCCAAGUGUAAGAAAUGUUCCCUUUUAACUCAAAAAUAACAGUUGUUGAAUCAGUAGGGUUGAUUGCAAAACGAGGCGCUCCAUUGAAUACUGCCAAUCAUUAGUUGUUUUUUUAAUAACUGUUUUUGAAUUUUAUUGUGUUAAGCAGAUAAGUCUUUUUCUAGAAAAAGAAAAACAUUGUCAGAAGACUUGAAAUAAUACACUUCUAUGUGGACCAGUUCAGAGCAAAGGCUACAAAAUAAAUUGACUUGCUCCUGGUAUCUAACGAGCUUCCGUUUUUCUUUUAAAGAAAAAAGAAACAACUGAUGGACAAACCAAAUGUGUUCAGAACAGCGCUGAAAAUAUCUUAUUACAACGGACACCUUGUGUUCAGCGAUAUUUGAUUUAAGUCUCCAAUGGGUAAAUUCCUUAGUGAGGUGCUGAGAACAGCCCCAAAUGUAGAAAACUUUCGCUUGUAAAACUUUAACUGUCAAAUAAAUAAAAAUAUUCAUGUUC